AUGACAACAAUCGCAUGGGCUCAGGGUGCCGCACGCGCAGUCUCGGAGAGCUUGGGGAAUGACUUUGGACCUACACCGCAGGAAAACGUGGAUGCCUUGCGGGACGCUGCAGCUCGCCUGUCGGACACACCAUCGCCUGAUGCCGAGCUCUGUCUGAAGUUAGACAAACUCAUCCAGCUGGCACACAAGGAAAUGGCAGUGUCCUCGAGUGCAGCACAGAUUGGAUGGCGGAGGCUGUAUACUGACGCCUGCAUCCUACGGUCUUUAGCAGACAUAUAUAGCCUCAACUCAACAAACGCUCAAAAGUAUGCGCUGUCCUGCAUCGCGAGACUUGACCAUGCUAUCAUCAUCGCAGGGGCUCCGGGGGAAGGCCGACUGGAUUUCACCAUUGAUCUUAUUGCAGAAGUCCAGUCUAAAUGCUUUCGGUCUCCCGGAGCUGGUGAGAUGUUGGUUCCCGUUCCAGUGACCACUCCACAUUCUCCGACUCUCCCGCUUACUGCGCUGAGGACUUAUUCGGAAGCUGUGCCGCGCUUAGAUGUACCCCCAUCUCUAACAUCUUUUGCCACGUCAUUGUCGAGACGACCCUUCGUCCUGCCUGGUUAUAUUUGCGACUGGCCUGCCAUGAAUGAGCACCCAUGGCGAUCUCUGGACUAUUUGCGAGCGGUAACUGGACCUGGGCGGGUAGUUCCAGUGGAAAUUGGUCGGGAUUAUACAGAAGCAGAUUGGACACAGAAGAUGAUGCCUUGGGAUGAGUUCCUGGACUCUUUGGGUCGUGAUUCAAAUCAGGAGCAACGGCCGACGCUGUACCUGGCUCAGCACAAUCUCCUCAAGCAGUUUCCUGCUCUCAGAGAUGACAUGAUGCCUCCGGAUUAUGUAUAUACCUCUCCAUCUCCAACGGAGGAUUUUCCGACAUAUACACCACCGGCGAACGAGGACCAAUUAGUCCUGAAUACGUGGUUAGGACCCGCGGGCACCAUCUCUCCCGCGCAUACGGAUCCGUUCUUCAACUUCUUCGCGCAAGUUGUAGGACGAAAAACCGUCUGGCUAGCUCCUCCAAGCACGACUCCGUCCAUGUACCCUUACCCUCCUCCCUCAGUCUCCUCCAACCAAGCGCGCAACCCGGCUGCGAACAGCACAGAUCCAUCGAUGGGCAACACAUCUCGCGUAGAUGUCUUCUCAGACACUGCAGCCAACCAUGGUGAUUACCCGCUCUUCUGGGACAACACCGUCCCCCAGGCAAUGGCGGUGACACUCGAACCCGGAGAACUACUUUUUUUCCCUCCUGGAUGGUGGCAUGCCAUGCGCAGUGAAGACACCAGCUUCUCAGUGUCGAUGUGGUUUUAG